UUCAUUAUUGUGUCACUUUUACACUCAAGGAGCCACUCAGUUGUCAUUUUCCCCAUCUCUGUCGUUGGAUAAUACCGUUCGCUUCAAUCUGGGGCCGGAGGGGACACCUCUGCGAUAUUUUUUUAUGAAUAAUGCAUCGCCUUUGACUCGGAGAAAAGGAUGGACUCAUUGGAGACGAGCUUCUUACCUUGCUAACUAACAAGUAGCUAAAUGCUAGCCGAUUGGCGCCUACUCCUGUCUUUUGACUACCAUGGAGAAAGCCACACUUAUGCUAAGUGGCUGCUAAGAUAAUUGCUGCAAGCUUUUGAUGCAUUACUACAAUUGUGCACGUUGAUUGAAACACCGGCGAUGGAGGAAGUUGAUAAAAUCUUGAUUCACGCCCUAAAACAAGUCGGCACAGAGCUGAGUGAGGACAUUGACAGUGUCAAAAGUUUCACCAGCGAGCUGAUAGUGGAGGCGGUGGUGAGAUGUAUCCGGGUUAUCGAUCCUGGGCUUGGCAGCGCAUUGCCAACCACGCUCCCUCCCGGCAUGUCUGCCCGCUUCAGAGUGGGCAUGAGCCUGGCCCAGGCCUGUCAGGACAUUGGUUACAAAGGUGAGAUAGGUUAUCAAACCUUUCUGUACAGCAGCGAGACAGAGAUUCGUUCACUGCUCAUGUUUCUUGUGGAGAAACUGCCUAGAGAAAGCGCCGAGGCCUCUGACCAGCCAACAGGCAAAUCCGCAAUUCUUCAGAGAGCCAUUGCUUCUGCCAUUAAAGCCCAGCUGGUUGCACCCUGGCUCCCUCCAAACUGCAGGCUGCCACUGCAUGGUGAAACACAAAUGUCAGGAGCAUUGCACAGCUUCCAUAGCCAACACCUCAGUUUACCCUACGGUGUUAAAGAUCCAGCAAAGAAACCACAGAAAGAGGUAAAGGACUACCAGCGAGAUUUUCUGCGCCCCGUAACUGCUCAGCUCUCUCAUAAUGCCUCUUUGGUGGUGUCCAUACUGGAGCAGCACACAACUGAGCUCACUGCUGCACAGGAAUGGGACAAUGAGUGGAACAGCCAGGGACUUCUGUCACGUCUGACACCACAGGACUACAGGGCCCGAAAACGGACUCGACUGCGUAAACGGAUCGAGGAGCAGUUGCGCUCUGCAGCCCUUCCUUCUGCGGAAAGUGCCUUUGGUGCUCUUGGCUCCACCUCUGAUUUGUCCGAUAUAUUGCAAGCCUUUAAAGGCGCCUCCUCUUCCGACCACAUCCUAACAAAGGGCUCGCACUUUACCCACUCCCAGAAAUUCACUUUCACACAGGAAGUGGAAACGGUGGUGUCCGCUGUGCGGCAGGUAGAUGUUGAUAACCAUCAAAGUCAGCAGGAGGAGCUGGCUUCACUGCAACAGCAAUUACAGCAACUCUGCAUUGACGUGGACCAGCUGACCACCGAACUGAAGCACAUGAGUGUCACAAAUGCUCAGGUACUUGAUGAGACGAAGCAGCGAGAGCAGCACAACAGUGAGAAGGAGGAAAAGAUACAGGUGAAGAAGAAAACCAUUGACUUGUUGCCAGAUGCUGAGAACAACCUAUUGAAGCUGCAGGGUCUUGUGGAGGCCAGUGCCAAGCGGGUGGUGAACCUGGCUGCUCAGUGGGAGAAGCACCGUGCUCCACUUAUUGACGAACACCGCAGACUGAAAGAAAUCUGCAGUAAUCAGGAUAUGGAAUCUUCCAGAAAGCUGUCUGAAAUCAAGGUUUUACAUGACAAAAUACGUGUGUCAACAGAGGAGGCCAAGAAGAAGGAGGAGAUGUACAAACAGCUGGUAUCAGAGUUAGAAAAUCUGCCCAAGGAUGUGUCUCGGGCAGCAUACACACAGAGGAUUUUGGAGAUUGUAAGCAACAUUAAGAAACAGAAGGAAGAAAUUACUAAGAUUCUGUCUGACACAAAAGAGUUGCAAAAAGAGAUCAACAGCCUCACGGGAAAACUGGACAGGACUUUUGCUGUGACGGAUGAACUUGUCUUUAAGGAUGCCAAAAGAGAUGAAUCUGUCCGCAAGUCCUACAAGUAUCUGGCUGCUCUGCACGAAAACUGCAGUCAGUUGAUCCAGACCAUUGAGGACACCGGUACAAUUCUGAGAGAGAUAAGAGAUCUGGAAGAGCAGAUUGAGACAGAAAAUAGUAACAAAACGGUGGCUAAUCUGGAGAGGAUUCUAGAAGACUACAAGGCCAUAAGACAAGAGAAUUCUGCACUUGCUGCCAAGGUUAGAGAGGGCUGACUCUAUACUACCUAGUGAUGGUCACACUUAAAAACAACUGUUGUUGUUGCUCCUUAAUUAGACUGAAACACAUCAUCGAAAGCUAUGAUUACAGUCCAUUAACACCACUUCAUUACCAUUGGGUGCUGAUUUUCUUUAUAAAGAUCAUCCGAUAUUUAUAUCAUGGAAUCUGAACAAGCAUUUUAUUAUGUAGUAAUGAUACUCAUGUCUGAUGCCAGAUUUUUCAUGUUUAAACACAUUUCUGUCCACGCAUGCUCAGACUAUUUAUACCCUAAAUUAAGCAGCAGUGGACAGCAGACGCUGCUGCCUGACCUGCCUUUAUUGGUUUAAAGACCAUUGAUGUUAUUGUUUGAAUCAUUUUCAGACCGUUUAUGGUAUUUGAAUGUUGUAGACUUGAUGUCUAGAUCUAUUAUUAAACUAUUGUUUACAAAG